UCUUUGGCAGCAUGAAGGCAAAACAGGUGACGCCCGCCGCCUCACCAUGGCUGCGAGGGCUCCAAACUUUUCCAGACCCGUCCAUGAUCCUCCUUUUCCACCAUUCCCCAACUUAACCGAAUGCCCACCACGCCCGCAUCACCACUUUCAUCGCCGACCGCAGGGAACCAACCCGUGCCCGCUGUCGCCGAACGCGAAAUAAAAGUGCGACGCCAAAAGUCGAUACGGCAGAUUCUCACCCCAAGCUGAUUGUGUGCGCCCCUUGCACGCCCAGCCAGUGGAUCGCCCGUCUUCCGAGCCAUCCACGCCUGGGCAAAAGCAUCAUUACCGUGACAAAGCCAUUUUUCCCUCUACAUUCCUGAAUCAUCCUCCUUCAACGUCGUCGUCGUUCCUCACCCAGCCACCAACACAAUAUCGCCGCCCACCGCAUCAACGACAUUUCUUUUAAUUUUCAAAAUUAGUCGCCAUGGCCCCCUCCAGCAAGAACGCCGCUGCGGCGGCCAAGGACCGACGCAAAUCAAGCAAUACGGCCGGCCCAGCAGUCACGGGUGCAGCAGCAUCCCCAAGUUCCUCCCACCUUGUCACCCUCAAGGUGCCGCCACAGCGGCUGCGGGCCAUCGUCGACCCGGACUUUGUCGAGGAAGACACGCCGGCCAAGCAGUCACCGGCUGCAGCGGCUACUUCUGGCACCGAGAACGCAUCAGACUCGACUCCCAACUCGCCUCCGGCAGGCACCCCUGCAUCCCAGUCUGCCGUCAUGGGACCGCCAUCCGAAGGUCCCAAGAAGAAAGGGGUCAAGAGGAGUGCGGCUGCCGCCACAAAUGGCAAUGGCGAGGCCAAAGUCAGAGGGAAACCAGGCCCCAAGAAGAAGCAGAGACUUGAGGACGGAACCAUCGAAGGCGGCCGAGGCUCCCUGGCCGCACAUAAACUCGGUCCCAAAGCCAACCAAGGCGCCAUCAACGCCGGCCUCCGAGCGCUGGACCGGUCCGGCAAGCCGUGCCGGAAGUGGAGCAGAGGUGGCUUUACCAUCAAGACCUUCACGGGCGUCGUAUGGGAGAUCCCGCGGUGGACGGCGCCGCCCAAGGCCCGGCCCGAGGAAUCUGCCGACAGCUCGACCCCUGCGUCCGACAGCAGCAACAAGGAGAACAAGGAGGACAACAGCCAAGUCAAGAGCGAGGCAAGCAACAAUGGCGGGGACGUGGAGAUGCAGGACACCCCGAGCUUUGCUGCCGACAACUCGCCGGCCCCGGUCCCGGUUGCCGCCGUUUGAGCGGUUUCAUCUCUUGCACUUUGUUUCUCCGCUGCUAUGUAAGGGUUCGCAUGGAUUCAGGGUGGUUACGGGCAUUUGAACGGGGGAGUUUGGGCGCUGUACGCUGGGUAAUGGAAAGGGAGGAUCACAAAUAUUGCUGGCUGCGUGGCUCAUCCCGGCACACACGGCAGGCAUGGCGUUUCGGAGUUUGAGAAAUGGCACUAAAGGGCCGCUUUGGCAAUGUAUGUACUGUACAAAUCUAAAAGUCUAGCAUGGUCUAGGGGCGCAGCAGGUAUGCGAGGGACAGAUUCUAGCGACUAGGGAAUUAUUACAUGACCUUUUUUUUUUUUUCUUUUUUU